AUGGCAGAAGGUGUAGAUUCAAAAGGAAGAGUCUUGCCGAGGCAAAUGAUUCGAAUUCAAAGAACUGAACCUGAAGAGAAUGUUGUACGUACGGAACUACGUUACGUAAUUUACCAGUCAAAAAGACAUUUGGAUGAUAAAGCUCUUUACGAGGCUGAGCUUAAAAAUACAUUGAAGGAUAAUGUUGUUAGUGAAGCCGUGCAAUGUUUAAUGAAGAAAUAUGCUGAAAUGAAUUCAGGAUACGCUUUGCCUCCACACGUACCAACUAUUGAUGCUACUAAAUUUGCAAAGAAAUUACCAGAAGAAGAAAUACAAACAUCGCCAACAUCCCCAACAUCCCCAAAAUAUAUUAGUGAUAAAGAGUGGAUUGCUGAGGCCUACAGACGACUGCAAAUGGUAGCAAAACGUGUACAGAAUAUUGAAAAAAGUGCGACGUUAAUUGGCCCAGAGUUUUCGCAUUUUCAAGCGCAACUUACAUCGUUACUUACGGAUCUUGAAGAACGCAAACGAGCUGGUGCCAGUCCUGACGCAAUUUAUAAUGAUGAAUACUUUUGCGAAAAAUUAGAACAAUUACAACAAUUCGCGGCUAAAACUGCAUGUUUCAAUCGUGCUGGAAGUGUUGCCUACAGCGAGAUGGCAGUGACUCUUGGAGUGAAGCACAUUUGCAUACAUCGAAGACUACGUGCUAGUCAUGAAGCAGUUGCUUGUAGUCCUUUGCCUAAUCCCAAGUGCGAUUGCCUUUCAAAAAUAUAAAG